AUGGCGACGUUGAUCAAUAAGCAAGUCGUGUUACGUGAUUAUGUUACCGGUUUCGCCAACGAGUCCGAUCUUGUAAUCACAUCCACCAACGUCGAUCUUAGAGUGCAGAAGGGAUCUAUGACUGCCUUGGUGAAGAAUCUCUACUUGUCUUGCGAUCCUUACAUGCGGAAUCGUAUGAGAAAGCCUGAUCCUUUGAGCCCUGCUUCAGCUCAGUCCUUCACUCCCGGCAAGCCUAUCUCAGGACUUGGAGUGUCUAAAGUGAUAGAUUCAGGGCAUCCUGAUUACAGAGAAGGUGACUUACUCUGGGGAGCUGUUGGAUGGGAAGAGUACAGUGUUAUUACCCCAAUUCCUAAUCUUCACUUUAAGAUCCAACAUACCAAUUUUCCCUUAUCUUACUACACCGGGCUUCUUGGUAUGCCUGGCAUGACAGCAUAUGUUGGUUUUUAUGAGAUCUGUUCUCCUAAGAAAGGAGAGACAGUGUUUGUGUCAGCUGCAUCUGGUGCGGUUGGUCAGCUUGUGGGACAGUUUGCUAAGAUGAUGGGUUGUUAUGUUGUUGGAAGUGCAGGUAGCAAAGAAAAGGUUGAUCUCCUCAAGAACAAGUUUGGAUUCGAUGAUGCAUUCAACUACAAGGAAGAGCACAAUCUUAUUGUUGCCUUAAAGAGGUGUUUCCCCCAAGGCAUUGACAUAUACUUUGAGAACGUGGGAGGCAAAAUGCUGGACGCAGUGAUCCUAAACAUGAGACCACACGGUCGUAUAGCUGCAUGUGGGAUGAUCUCGCAGUACAAUCUGCAGAAUCCUGAAGGCGUAUACGGCCUCUCACUCAUUACAUACAAACGAAUCCGUAUUGAAGGAUUUAACUGUUUUGAUUACUUCCACAAAUACUCAGAAUUCUUGGAGUUUGUGGUUCCGUUGCUAAGUGAAGGUAAGAUAACAUAUGUGGAGGAUGUUGCUGAUGGGUUGGAGAGUGCUCCUGCUGCUCUCGUUGGACUCUUUCACGGUAAGAACGUUGGGAAACAACUUGUCGCGGUUUCUCGUGAUCUUGAAUGAGAAAUGAGAGCUGUUCCGUAAGUGAUAGUAAUAAUUGUUGUG